UAUCAUGAUAGGUACUAAUAAUUGCAAUAAUGAUGCUUAUUUGCAUUUUUCACGUUUGCAUAUGGCGAUCCCUAAACUGAACCAAAUCGAAGUGAAAGGGAGAAUCUCAAUCGCACAAUUUUCGCAUCUUCUCAAAACCCAUUGUAGGAUAAAUUCAGGGGGACGGGACCUCGCUUUCUCAUCCACAGUUUUGAGAAGGAGGCGAAGAGAGAUGACGCGAGGGUAAAGAAGUGAAAGCGAUUUGUCAUGUGACUAGCUGGCUCGGAUAAUUAAUGAAUUUAACAGUCGACAAAAGUAUGAUAUCUAGGUUGUUUGUACCAACAUUAUUGUCCACGAAAAGUCCUGCACAAUAAACAAUUUCCCCCUGAAUUUGAGACUACUGAAACGGCUUUGAACCCAUUAUGUUUGUCACCGUGACUGCGGGGGUGAUGAUUGCGCAAUACAAUGGCAGUGUAUCGCCUACCUCAGUGGAGAACACAUCAGCAACACCAACCUGGGGACCAGAGCCUCACAGAUGUUUGCAGGUCCUAUACGAGGACAUUGGCGAGUUAAGAGUGCGGUUUUGGGACCUCAUGCUGCUCAUUCCCAAUGUAAUCUUCUUCAUGUUCUUGAUGUGGAAACUGCCCUCAGCCAGGGCUAAAAUCACACUCACCUCUAGCCCCAUCUUCAUUACCUUCUACAUUCUGGUUUUUGUGGUGGCAGCGGUGGGAAUCACCCGUGCUAUCGUGUCCAUGACCGUCAGUGCAUCAAGUUCUGCCACCAUCAUUGACAAGGUGCUGUGGGAGAUCAGCCGUUUCUUUCUGCUCACCAUGGAGCUCAGUGUUAUUAUCCUGGGACUGGCUUUCGGCCACCUUGAGAGUCAGUCCAGUAUAAAGCGUGUGCUGGCUAUCACUGCUGUACUGGCACUGGGCUACUCGAUCACACAGGGCACACUGGAGAUCGUGUACCCCGACGAGCACCUGUCUGCCGAGGACUUCAACAUCUACGGCCACGGAGGACGCCAGUUUUGGUUGGCCAGCUCUUGCUGCUUCUUCCUGGUCUACUCUUUGGUUGUCAUCCUUCCCAAAACCCCGGUGAGGGAGAGAAUAUCUCUGCCAUCUAAGAAGAGUUUUUAUGUGUACGCUGCCAUUCUGUCCCUGCUCAAUCUGGUCCAGGGGCUGGGCAGUGCCCUUCUGUGUGCCGGCAUCAUAGAGGGGCUCUGCUGCGUGGAUGUCACCACCUUCAUCUACUUCUCUGUGUUUGCCCCACUCAUCUAUGUCACCUUCCUCAAAGGCUUCUUCGGCUCAGAGCCCAAGGUCCUCUUCUCCUACAAGUGCCAGGUGGACGAGCCUGACGACCAGACGGAUGUCCACCUGCCCCCUGCCUCAGGCCUGGGCCACAAGGAGCAGCUGGAACGGGGCUCCUUCUACCCCGGCACCCAGAUAGAUGGCCUGACUGCUGCAACCAUGGGCACCGGCAUAGCUGCUUACCUGGACAAUGUGGCCUCUGGUCCUUUCGGGCCGGGCAGCAUAAACAGCGACUGCUAGAGAGCCAUCAACGCCUGAGAGGAGAGGAAAUGAGAAGGCUGGAUAGGGGAUGUUGGACUUGUUGAGUGGAGAAGUUGAAGUUUGCUAUGGCUCUCUCUCCCUCCGGAGACACUGUGAAUUGACUCAUUUCAGCCCCUGUCUGUUCUCCAUUUUGGAUCUUGCUUCCUUGUCCAUUCUGGCUCAAACAUUACAUUCUCCCCCAAUACCUGCAGGGGAUAUUUCUACAACUUCAGUCAAGUAUUUUCCCUCCUGUAUAUGCGUGUGUGGCUGACCAAGAUAAGAAGAUAAUGUAAAGGUAAUGUCCGAUACAUUUCCAUCGAAGGAUUACAACUGAGGUAUAGUCCAUUAACUGUGGCCUUGUAUUAGAUUUGUAAUCGUCUCGUAUUGAAAAACUGCCUCGCUCCCUGUAGACCAGCCCUGUUCUUAUGGAGCUAGGAGCCUUCUCUAAAUUGCAUCACUCAUAAUGAAUCAAGUGUGCUUAAUUAUUUUUUUAAAUGUUUGAUAUCAGUGCCCCCCCCUCUUGUUGAUGAUCGAAAUCCUACAGUGUAACGUCAUGUACAAAUUGAAGACCUGUUUGGCUUGAGUCUACAGGGACUUGGUAUGCCAUGUCAGACAAUUAGCAGUGCAACUGGUAUCUAUGUAACUUGAUGCUGGGAGAGACUCAAAAUGGACGCCAUUCCGCACCCGCAUUACCUCUACCUAUUUUAUUGUUUGCCGUCGGUUUUAUUUAUUUUAGUGACUGCUUGGUUUUAUGUCGAUAGGUAGUUCCAUCAGCUGAUCAUUCCUGGUAUUAAAGGUGCUUAUGACUUAGGUAAAACUUUCCAACCACCAAUCAAAUGAGAUGGAGAAGGCAGGAACAGCACUUGUGACGAAACAAUGUUUUUUUGUGGACAUUUUUAUUUCAAUAAAUAUUUAUGCCCAUAUACAUUGGAUUCAACCCAAAA